AUGAGAAGAUGUACCACCCUGCGUUCACACAGGAAUUGGAAUCCAGGCUUUGUAGCCGAUUGCUCCACUAACAAUCCAGCAGUAUCCGCUAGAAUCCAGUGGAGUCCUUCCAGUACUACGGCUAGCACUCCGUCUAGUUUUCCAUCCAGUAGUACUGCUACUAGUGUGAGUACUAGUGGUAGAGCUAGUUAUUCCGUUAGCUCUUCCUCCAGUUCUGCUGCUAGCUCCCCGGCUAGUUUUCCAUUAAGCAGAACUCCUACCAGUUCCAAUGCUGGUAGUUCCACUAGUUAUUCUACUAGUGAUUCGCGUACUACGGCUAGCACUCCGUCUAGUUCUCCAUCCAGUAGUUCGACCACUAGUGCUCAUACUGGUAGUGAAGUUAGUUAUUCUACUAGCUUCUCUUCCUAUUCUACGGCUAGCACUCCGUCUAGCCAUUCAUCAAGUAGAAUUCAUUCUAGUGUUCCGACUAGCACUCCUUCUAGUCAUCCUAUUCCAACAACGAAUGCUCAAAACUUCCCAUCCAGACAACAGCGUUACAGGCAGGUUUUCCGUUCGCCGAAUAACUCCACCCGCCUGCCUCCACAGCAGCAGUCCAUGCAGGGGAGUGAUCCAAAUACCUCAUUCCUAAUCAUUCAAUUUAAUUGUAAUGGUCUUAGGAAUAAGGUAAUUGAGAUCACAAACUUCAGGCAUGAAAACAACAUCCUCAUUGCUGCCUUGCAAGAGACGAAGCUGACCAGUAGUUGUUCCUUAUCCUCCUCCGGGAAUAAAAUAUCAUUCGGCGAGACAGAGAUAGAGACCAUGGCGGGGGACUCGCAUUCAUAA